AUGUCAUUUCGAAGCAUGGCCACUGGAGCUGAAUGCUCCGUAGGUUCUAACCCACUCUCUCAAAUAAUGAAACAAAUCACCGAUGAACGUUCGUUGCAAAAGGACACAUUCGUACCAAGCACAGAAAGAGUUGGUCCCAGUUCGUUUCGCACAGCUAGACCUGAUGUUAGUUCUCAAGAAAAUAAGUUCACCGAAGAUUUUUUUAAUCAGCAAGAACACGAACAUUUACGUUUACAGGGUCAUAUACCAACAAGUAUUCCCGGUUUUGUAACAUCAGAACAAGAAUGGGCAACGGAAUUCAAUAAUCGAUCGGAUCAUUCACAAUUAUGGAAACUUGGGCCUGCUGAAGAAACCGAGAUGGAAGAAGCAUUUAAAAGGAUGAAUGUUCAUACGAAGUGGAAUCAUGAAUUUCUACACGGGCAAGACUUUUCAGUUAAUCAAGUUACUGAAAUUCCACCAGAAUUUGAGGAGGUAUUUCAAAAGAAUUUUGAUUGGGCAAGUGAAUAUGUAUUAAAACAAGAUAAAGGAAAAGGCAAGGAAAAAAUAGUAGAAUUAGAUCAUCUUUCUUGGGAAGAACAAUUCGCUGCUGCACAACGUGAGGCAGAAGGUGAAAAUAUAGAUGACGAAUUAAUUAAGGAAUUCGAAAAUGUUUGGUCGAAAUCAAAUAUUCGAGGACAAUUAGACGAUGAUGAAUAUAUAGACCCUAAAAAUUGGGAAAGCAAUUUAAUGAAUCGGUUUGCAAACCUUGGUGAAUACACAUUUGAACAUAAUAAUCCUUAUAUAGAGCACGAAAAUCCUUUUCAAGAAGGAUUAAGAUUAACGGAAGAAGGUGGUUCGUUAUCUGAAGCUGCUUUGGCAUUCGAAGCUGCAGUUCAAAAAGAUGGAAACAAAUCAGAUGCAUGGAUGUGGCUGGGUAAUACACAGGCUCAAAACGAAAAAGAGGAAGCAGCUAUUAGGGCAUUACAGAAAGCUGUGGAGGUUGAUGGCAAUAAUCUAACCGCCUUAAUGAGUCUCGCAGUAAGCUACACAAAUGAAGGUUAUGAUAAUCAAGCAUAUCUUACUCUUGAACGUUGGAUAACCGCAAAAUAUCCCGAUAUUGCGGUAUCUAAUGCACCAAUGCAUGGAAUGAAUAUACAUUCACGUGUAACUGACCUUUUUUUGCAAGCAGCUCGUAGCGCUCCAGAAGGUCAGGAGAUGGAUUCAGAUGUACAAGUUGGAUUAGGAGUCUUAUUUUAUGGCAGCUGUGAUUAUGAAAAGGCAGUGGAUUGUUUUGUUGCAGCUUUAAAUACAAGGAAGGAAGAUUAUCUUUUAUGGAAUCGUUUAGGAGCCACUUUGGCGAAUUCAGGACGUCCUGAAGAUGCGAUUGAGGCUUAUCAUAAAGCCUUAGAUUUCAAACCAACGUUUGUACGUGCAAGAUAUAAUUUAGGCGUUAGUUGUUUAAAUAUAGGGUGUUAUAGUGAAGCAGCUGAACAUUUACUUGGUGCAUUGAGUAUGCAUCAAACUGGUUUGAAUAGUGAUGGAGGAGUUAAUACUAGUAAUAGUCUUCGUGAAACGCUCCAUAGGACAUUUUUGAUGAUGGAACGACAAGAUUUGGCAGAAAAAAUACUUUCUGGAGCUGAUGUAGAUCAAUUCCGUGAAGAGUUUGAAUUUUAA